CUCAGAGAGAAAAUCCUCUUUGUUUUCGCGUCAGGUUCGGUCUGUUUUUCUGCGUUCUCUUCUUCGAUCGCGAGGCACCCGUUCUCAGGCUUCGCGCUCGGCAGCAAGCGCCUCGGUUCCUUCCAGGAAAUGCACAAGACAGCAAAUGGCUUUUGUGUGUGCUGCUAUCUUUUUCGUUCCUAGUUUGCUUUGCAUCUGCGUUUUCUUCUCUCUCGCGCCUCCACCGUCUCCUCUCUUGUUCCCUUUUCUUGGCGCCUCUCGCUGCAUGCAAGCAUCUGGCUGUCUCUCUCUGCCGCCCUCGUCUCCAUCUCACUGUAUUUCCCCUCUCUCCUCUCCUUGCUAGCUUUCUUCGGAGAAACAGUUGUUCCGAAAAGAACGCCAGAGACUUUCUUGCAUGCUCUGUCGCUCCUCUCGUCUACAGCUUUCUUCGGAGUAGCCUUAAAGAAAGGAAAAGAAGAGAAACGUUUACCUGUGUUCCUUCUCCUCUCAUUUCGCGCGUUCUUUGGCGGUAUUUUAUGUCUUUCAAAAAAACAUCUUUUGCGUCCAGCCUCUCUCCUCUCGUUUGGAGCUGUCUUUGAGAAGGAAAUGCUCCGCAUAACUCAUAAGAGGGUAAAGUCAGUGUGAGGCAGACGGUGGUCUCUGACGCAAACCUCAGUGUUUUGCCAUGAGACGAGACACAAGAGAAGCGAGGAGAACCGCCCGUCCUCGUGGAUCGUGGAGGACGAGGCCGCAGAAGAAGCGGAGCAGAGAGCUGCGUUUUUCAGCGGAGAACGCGACGCACAGAGAGCGAUACGAACGGAUCACAAACGCCGAAGAAGGCGGAGACUCAAGAGAUAUGUUGGCCAGUCGAGACGGACGACGACCUAAUGCGGAGGAAGAGGAGCCGGAAAGCGAGCAGAAAGAUGAGGAGGAGAAAGAGGGAGGAGGAGAACAGUGCGAAGGAGAGGAAGCGAAGCCUGUGUCGGAGUCACGACGGCAGGACCUGGCGAGCGACGCAGAGACCAAGUUGAUAGGGGGAGGAAGGCGAAAGAGGAAUCUGGGGAGCGGAGGAGACAGCCGGAACGAGAGAGGCGAUCGUGAGAGCCUUCAAGAUCCAGAAAAGGAAACAGGCUUUCGAGGAGACAGCACGACGAGACUUCGAGAGACGACGCGAGGGUCAGCAGAACAGCAGACACCAGGAGGACAGGAGGGGAGAUCUCGACGACGAAGUCCUGAAGAAAGCGAGAGCAAAACUCGAAGAGGAAAGAGAAGAAAAACACUGAGUGGCGAAUCCGAAAAUACGGAGAGUGUGGGUGACGAAGAGCUUCUCCAAACCUGCGAGGAGAUCCCGAGGGCUUCCUUCCCGUCGUCUUUUUCACCUGUUUUUCCUUCUCUCUGUGUUUCCUCUCCCUCUGUCGCCUCUUCCGUUCCUUCCUCAUGUCACUCUCCUUCGUCGCGCGUCUUCCAAUCUGCCGUUCGAGACGCUUUCGGCGAAUCUGAGAAGCGCAGAAGGCCUCCCUCUCGCCUCCUUCUUCUGCCGUCGGCUUUCUCAUCUCCUGCGGACCUUUCCUCUCUCCCUUUGGAGACAGACGAAGCCACUGAGAGGUCUCUUUCUUCUCGCCGGCGCAGUCUGGCAAAGAAGGCGCUCUCGUCCUCACUGUCGGAAGCAGAACGCGAUAAAGACGCCGGCUCCAACGACCCCUCCUCGGUCAAAGAUCCGAAGCGCUUUACUCUUUUUCACCGUUUCGACCAAGGGAUACAGCUGGACGAGGAUAUGUUAUGGUCUGUGAGUUACGAAGACAUGGCGUUGCAGAUGGCGUCUUGCUGCUCCUGUCCCCUUCUCUGGGACGCCUUCGGCGGGGUCGCGGGGAAUACCACGCACUUUGCUCGAGGUUUUUGCGGCUUCGUCGUUUGUUCGGAACUUUCUCCAGAGCGCGUCCGAAUGGCCAAACACAAUGUCUCUGUCUACGGUCGGCAAGUCGCCAGUCGGGUGGAUUUCGUUCUGGGAGACUUCCGCCAUCUCAGCUCGCGCAUCUUUCGCCGGGGUACCUUUGAUGGAAUCUUCCUCGCCCCCCCCUGGGGUGGGCCGGCCUAUCAAGCUUCUCCGGUCUUCAAUCUAAGACGACUCGGUGCAAACUUGGAUGCCUUCGACAUCGUCCGAAACGCAGCGCGUCUCGCGCCGAGUGCUGCUCUCUAUCUACCCCGGAAUACGCGUCUCGGCGACAUUCAAGAAUUCGCAGAGCUGUUCGACAGUUCGCGCAAAGGCGACAGAGAGAGCGACGCAGGACGAACGGAUGCCUUUUUACGAGACGAGGGAGAGAGACUCAAAAACGACAACGCGAAGAGAAAAACCGGUGCACCGGUCUCGAAGGCGUUGUCUUUCGCGCCUCCCGGACCCCCAGCGGAGCCGCGCUCGCCGACCGCUGCUGCGAUCCACAAGGAAGAACGGAAAGCAGAAGGAGAAGAAGGAAAUAAGAAGACAGGAAGCCUGCGUGCGAGUCAGGAAGAAACCCGAGAAGAAGGGCAACCGUCUGCGUCGUACUCCUCUGAUCCCCAGACAAAUGAGGACGAAUUGUGCAGAAGCUUGGAUGCAAGCGGCGCCUCUCCCGCCCCUGCACUCGCGGUGGUGCUUCUGCAUGCAAAUCGACUGCAGUUUGGCCAGAAGGCCCCAAAACUGAAGUUCGAGAAAGGAGACCUCUGGAGCAAGGCGACGCUUACCACGGCUGAGCGGCAGCAAGAGCGAGAAGCAGGACGGAGGUUUUUUCAUCCGGGCAAAGAGGACGCGAGCGCUUGGUCGUCGGAGAGUGGAGAAACGACAAGUGGAGAAGCAGGGAAGGCAACUGCAGACAGCGAGCGGAUUGCUAAGGGAGGCGAAACUCAAGACGCCACCGGCGACAGGGUGUCCGACUGUGCCAGGAUGAUGGGCGAGGUAGAGAAGGUGACAGUGGGAGGUGAGCCGCAAGAGGCAAGCGCGUUUGAAUCUGCGUUGUCUCCUGGAUCUCCUUCGUCGCUCCGACCGCGCGUGACUUCCUGUUUCGAUGAGAACGCGUUUCUGGGCGUUUCAGCGUGUGGGAUUGUUGCCUGUCCUCGAUGCGCCAGAAGGGCGUAUGGGAGACGGAAAUCUCAGGUGACAGCAGAGAAGGAGGUCCGAGAAGAAAGGGAGCAAACGGAGGAGGUUCCGGAUUUCCAACGUGAAGCAGAGGAGCUCGAUUGCUCAGCACAGACUGCGGAUAUGGUCGAUGCAUCCUGGGAGCCUUGGAGAGCUCUCUGUCCCUUCCAGUGUGGAGACAACUGGCUGGAGGAAGACUCCAACUCGGCGUCUCGGGAUAGGCCUGUCGACGUACCGCUUGUGCGUUCUGCUUCUCUUCCGUCGUCGCCGCCGAGCUGGAGGUGGAAACUGGUGGGGAUCACUGUUUACUUGGGCGACUUUGCUCGCAGGCUUUACAGUGAAGUCGCUUCUUCUCCUUCUUCUUCGUUUUCUGUGUCUUCUUCUUCUCCUCUUUCUUCUUCAGGAGUGCCCUCGAGCGUUUCUUCUCUCUCUGCACGCUCUUCGGAAGCGUACUUGUUCUCACCUGUGGCUGGGCCUCAUCCUUCUCCCUGCGGCUCUUCAGCAUUUCCUUUUCCGUCAGUUGCUGGGCCUCUCUCGUUGUCUCAGCCGACUGACGCGACGACUCGUGUCUUGGCUGUUCUGAAGUCUCUCGGCAGGGCCUCGCUGCACCUUCUCGGUCUGAUGCCUCCUCGUUCGCUCCCGCAGUUUGGAGUUUCAGCGUCGCUUCCUCGUUACUUCUCCCCUCCCUUGAUAAGUUGCCGCUCGGCUUCCGGGGGGGGGGAUGGUCGCGAGGCCACUGGCGCGCCACUGGCGGUUGGAGACAGAACGGCAGGGGAGACUCAAGACGAACGCAACGCAGAGGAGGACCAGACUUUGAAGGUGCGGAAACGAAGAAACGCCUUCUCUCCUCGGUCUCCAGGCCAUGUCGAAGGCCUCGGAGAAGGACAGCAGCAGGGAACGCACGGCAGGCAGGACUCCCCAACUGCUCCUCUUGUUCUCUCUCCGUUUGGAGUGCCUUUGUCACUCCUUCCCCCCGACGACUGCGCGCCUGACAAAGCGCCGGAACGACCUGAUUGUUCGAGGACUGGCGACGCGGCCGAGGACCAGUCAGCUGCUGUUCGCGUCUCCUCUUCUCUCCGAGGAAGGCGGUUUGUGACCGUGGGGAGAGCGAAACCUGUACCACUUGGCGGGGGGUGUCGCACGGUCUCUCAAAGCCGCGAAGCCGAGGGCGAGGGAUCGCAUGUUCAGACGCCACAGGGACGGAAACGCCGAAGAAGUGAAACGGCGAAUGCGAUCGAGUUGCAUACUCUGCCUUCCCUCUCUUCAGAGCGAAAACAGCUGCACUCCUGGGUGUACGGAGGCUUUGUUCCCAGCUGGACAGAGGGGGGAAGCGAAGGCGAGCUGGACAAGUCGCAUGCAAAGCCGAAGGUUGGAAAAGAAGCGUCGUGCCAUUCGCCUGCCUGCAGAAGUUCAGGCGAAGCCACGGAGGAGGAAGAAGAGCAGCGUCGAGCCGUCCAGGGACCAGAAGACGGGGAAGGGGAAAAAGGAGAAACGGAGGUAGGGAAGGCAGCAGAGACGCGAGACAGAGACAAAGAAACGUCGCAGCUUCUUUGGAAAGCCUCCCGGCUUCUUCUGUCCCUUGAAGUGAAGGCGCAGUCACGGAAGCAAGGCGCAGGCGAAGAAGUACAGGAAGGAAAAGAGAGCAAAGAACAUGUUCCAAACGGCGCAAGUAGGGGCGAUGAGAAGGGGAUCGAGAGGUCGGCCGCCGAGCGCGUUCAGUUCUUCCUUUUACCUGCAAAACAGCUGUCCAGCAUUUUUCUUCACUUGUUCUUGGCUGCUGUCGUCGAACGCACCCUGGACGUUCGAGGCGUCGACCCGCGACAGAAUGUCAUAUGGUCGCGUUACGCAGACCAGGGCGAGAGAGAACAUGGCAACUCUUCUGCGAGAGGCAGACAGACGAAAGAGAGCAGGAAACCUGAAGAAGCCGCGCGGAAACGCACACGACGCGCCGCGGAUUGUCCAAGCAGCGAAAGAGAAGCAGAAGAAGAAGACACAGAAGAGAAGCAAAAAGUGGAAGGAGAGAGAAGAGACCUGCAGAUGAGGAGGUGUCAUGUCGUGGACGAAGGAAACCGUUCCCGGAUGGCAGAUUCAGCGGGCGUUGGAAAUCCGUCUAACAAAGGAGAGGAGCGCCGAUGCACAGCUGAAGAAGAAAGGGAGUGUGGUGCAAGGGCAGAGGGGAGGCAGACUCGAUCCGGACAGUCCGUCUCUGCAGAAAGAGACACCGACUUGCACCCGUCUUCUGGGACGACUUUACUGGUAAAUUCGCUUUUCAUAGGAACGGCGAAGGCAGCCAUCGAACGCGCGUUCCCUCAAUUCUCCGAUGUCCUUAUGGACGGAGAUGUGGAGAGCGGGAGACCACUUCCAGAGAACGCAGAGGCGAAGCAAAGUGAAACCUUGUUGAAGAACGAAGGAGAGCGUCGCCCGUCUCUGCAUGUGGCGAGAGAGAUCGCAUGCAGUUUGAUGAACAAUAGCAGUUUUCAAUGGAUUCUCAACCUCCAUGUUGAGAGGCUUGUAUCUAUUCUAGCUGCGUGUAAGUGAGGUGCUCUCUACUGUCUGCUUCGCGGAGUUCUGCAGUCCAUGGCCAUAAUCUUCUUUCUCAUCCUCUUGUCUUUCGCGGUGUGUCUUCUCUGCAUUAUGGGAUGAGUCGGAUGUUUGCGCUCGAAACCGAAGCCGGCGACACAGUGAGCAGCGGCGAGACUCUGCAUCUGUGGGCGGCCUCAUUGGUAUCUCUGAAAGGAACCUAGACGGCGCUUCGCAUGCAACGCUUCCACUUUUCUUUUCAAAGACGGUCGUAGACGAUCGCAGCUGGGCGGUCAAAUUCCAAAACGAAACUGCGUCUCACCUCAAACGGUC